AUGUGGCGACGGUUCGCCACAAGCCCAAUAAGUGCACUUUGGGAUUUGACCGUUUGGAAUAAUUGGGAUUUCAAAUAUCAAAAGGGACAAUACAACCGGAUAAGAAGACAGAGGUCAUAUCCACGUUUCCGCGACCGAAAAAUGAGCAUGAGGUUCGACGCUUCCUCGGACUCGCCGGUUAUUUUAGACGUUUUAUUGCAAAACUACUCAAAACUAGCGACACCGUUAACGAUACUUACCUGUAAGGACACGGCGUUCACCUGGGGAAAUGAACAACAACAGUCGUUCGACGAACUUAAGCGAAUACUGUGUAGUGAACCAGUGGUCGCUAUGUACAAUCCGACGGCACCGGUUACCCAGGUAUACACCGACGCGAGCAGUGUGGCGCUGUCCGGAGUCCUAUUGCAAGGAUUAACGCCCAACAUAUUGCAUAUGGUUUACGCAGUGAGUAAAAAAACGACCGACGCAGAAUCGCGAUACCAUUCUAGCCGCCUCGAACUGUACGCGGUGAUAUGGACGCUCGACCGGUUGAGACCGUUUUUGCUUGGUAUACGAUUUACUAUUCUGACAGACUGUCAAUCACUCGUUUACCUUAACGUGCACAAAACCACGAAACCACAUGUAGCACGAUGGUUCGAAGUGCUACAGGAGUUUGAUUUCGAGAUCAAAUACCGGCCGGGGACUCGUAUGGCACACGUAGACGCGCUGAGCAGAGUCAAUGAUGGCGAACAAGAUGACAUCAGCUCGGUGGAGGCCGACCUGUCAAAAAGAUUGGACGUUUUAGUAGCAUUAUCUCCAACCGACCGUGUUAGGUUCAUGCAACAGUCUGACGAAAAAACUAAAUUACUGAUUAACCUACUUCAGACAGAUACAGAAUUGACCGUUGCCGAAAAAGGGAUGGUGAAGGAUUACCAGCUCACGGGUGGAGUUCUGUACCGGCUCCACGAAGGGAGAGCGUUGUCGGUGGUGCCAUAA